AUGCUCCGAUCGGCGGUCAUUACGCGCUCCCAGCAGAUCAAGCAAGCUGUCGGGCGCCAGUUUGCGUCCGCCGCGGCAGCAGCUGCUGAAAGCGCGGGGAAGAGCAAGGUGAAGGCGAAGUCGACGGGAGGAAGCAGCGGCGGGAAGAAGAAAGCUUUGGAAGACCAAGGGAAGGCGGCCUCCAUUGUGGAGGCGGCGCUUCGUCAUGCUCAAGUACAGCUGCCAAAUCUGGAUGAGGCGACUCAGGGGGAGGAGAGGCGAAUGGCGAAGGAGUACUCGAGGUUGAUGAUGCAGAAGCACCACCAGCAGAGAGGGGCCGAGUCAGCCAGGCUCAAGCUCAAGCUGGCCGCCAUCCAAGCCCUACCUGCUGGCAAGCUUAGGGAUGCCGCCAUGCUUCCAGAUUUCACUCCCUUCCCGUCCAAUCGGAUUGCACCAUCUCUGACACCUCCAAUCAAGGAGCUGCAAGAGGAAAGAGCAAGGACUAGCGACCAACAGGCGCCGGUAGUGUGGGAGUUAGAGGGGGUGAAGGAGCAGGUGGAAGAGAUGGGAAGAGGGAUGAGAGAGCACGGGCGACGAAUGGCGUCGAGGGCAGCCCCUCGUCUUUUUGUGCUCACGUCCCUUCCUCUCCACACCUCUCAGGUGUCGUCGGUGGAGCAGGACCUACCCGACGACCCCCUGCGGGCGAAAUACAUCCAAGGCACGCUCGUGCCCGACGCGCUCAGUCGGCUGCUCUCCGUGCGCGUGCUGCCGCCCGACCCGCUGCUGCUGCCCGUGACGUGCGCCGCGUUCACCGCGCUCUCCAACGGCACCUCCGCCUGCACGCAGCUCGCGCCCAUGUGCGACGUGAGUGCCGCCCAUGCCGAGGUGGACAUCGACGUGGACCCAUCCCUGCUGGCGGCGCAUUCGCUCUGCCAAUCAGAGGACCCCGCCACGUGUGGGGAGGUGGCAGCUGGGACAGGCACACCUGGUGCUGACAUUAUCCUGUUCCUCUCAGCCAAGGUGAGUCGUUCCGCCUACCAGCUCCCCCCUAGCUGUGCCUGCGGCCUGCCUCCUCCAUCCCCUCCCCCCCCCGCGCCCUCCCGCUUCCUUCCGCAAUCCCCCCCACAGCUCCCGUCAUCCCCUCCUGCAUUCACCCUCCCAAUCAACGCACCCCCCGUCCCUCCCCGUGCCCUCCUUUUCCGCGGAGCAGCAAACGGCGACGUGCAGCAGCACCACGGCAGCGGCACACGCGUCGCACUGCGCGGUGGACCCCGCGUCGAACCGCCCGCUCGCCGCAUCGCUGAACCUCUGCCCGCUGGCUUGGCGCGCCGUGGGGCAGCACUCGCCCUCGUACGACUCGCAGGUAGCGCCGGGUGGGGAAGAAUGCGCUGGGUGCUCGGCGCGUGGGUGGCAGGGGGAACAGGCGCAUUCAUGUCACGCCGCCUGCCCGCACUUUUACCCCCCCUUUUCCUCCCCUCCACCCCUUCCUCCCUUUCCCUUUCCCCCUACGUGCACGUGGUGCUGCACCAGCUCACGCACGCACUCGCCUUCAGCUCCGCGCUCUUCCCGCUCUUCAAGGACGUAAGAGGUACGCCGCUCCCCACGCCCCGCCACUCCGCUGCUGCCCUCCGUCUGCCUUGUCCCCUCCCCUCGUCUCCUCCGCUCCACAAUCACGCUUCCGCGCUCUUUGUUUCCUUCCCCUCUCUCUCCCUCCCUCCGCGCCCACCAGGCCAGCCGUACGCGCAGGUGGUGGCGACGGCGCGGCAGGCGGACGGCAGCAACGUGUCGAAGAUCGUCACGCCCGCCGUGGUCGCCGCGGCGCAGCGCCACUUCGACUGCCCCGCGCUCGACGGCGCCGAGCUGCACUCCGCCCCGCCCUCCGUCUCCGCGCCCGCCUCCUCCCCCGCCUCCGCGCCUCCUGCGGAAGCGAACAGCACGGAGUGGGGGUCACUGGUGGCGUCAGCGCAGCCGGAGGAAGCGCUGACGGGGGGAGUGGCGCUGGACGGAGUUGGGGGGGGCGAGGGCGGGGAGGUGGGAGAGAGAGCGAGAAGAGGGCAAUGGCAGCGAGCAGCCAAUGUAAGGCGCCUGUGCGCUCUACUCGGGUCCUCUCCCUCCCAUCCCCUCACAUGCCUUGCCGCCACUCAUCACCCCUCUCCCUCCCAUCCCCUCACAUGCCUUGCCGCCACUCAUCACCCCUCUCCCUCCCAUCCCCUCACAUGCCUUGCCGCCACUCAUCACCCCUCUCCCUCCCAUCCCCUCACAUGCCUUGCCGCCACUCAUCACCCCUCUCCCUCCCAUCCCCUCACAUGCCUUGCCGCCACUCAUCACCCCUCUCCCUCCCAUCCCCUCACAUGCCUUGCCGCCACUCAUCACCCCUCUCCCUCCCAUCCCCUCACAUGCCUUGCCGCCACUCAUCACCCCUCUCCCUCCCAUCCCCUCACAUGCCUUGCCGCCACUCAUCACCCCUCUCCCUCCCAUCCCCUCACAUGCCUUGCCGCCACUCAUCACCCCUCUCCCUCCCAUCCCCUCACAUGCCUUGCCGCCACUCAUCACCCCUCUCCCUCCCAUCCCCUCACAUGCCUUGCCGCCACUCAUCACCCCUCUCCCUCCCAUCCCCUCACAUGCCUUGCCGCCACUCAUCACCCCUCUCCCUCCCAUCCCCUCACAUGCCUUGCCGCCACUCAUCACCCCUCUCCCUCCCAUCCCCUCACAUGCCUUGCCGCCACUCAUCACCCCUCUCCCUCCCAUCCCCUCACAUGCCUUGCCGCCACUCAUCACCCCUCUCCCUCCCAUCCCCUCACAUGCCUUGCCGCCACUCAUCACCCCUCUCCCUCCCAUCCCCUCACAUGCCUUGCCGCCACUCAUCACCCCUCUCCCUCCCAUCCCCUCACAUGCCUUGCCGCUACUCAUCACCCCUCUCCCUCCCCUCCCGAACUCCCCAUCCCCCCUCCAGACGCCCCUACUGGACGGGGUGCCGGUGGUAUCAGAGCUGACGCUAGCGCUCUUCCAGGACAGCGGGUGCCGCUGACAUGCUCCUCCGACUUCCUCUCUGUCGCCACCUGUGACUCGGGCUGCGGCCCUUCCUCUUCUUCUUCCUCCUCCUCCCCCGCGACCUGCCUCUUUGGCACGUGCAAGCACAAGACCAGUGUGGAGUCGCAGCGCUGCCAGGCGCCACGUGGAGCGGAGGAGAGCCGGUCAGCGGAGGUGCAGCAGCUGGGCAUGGCGUACGGCCCGUCGUCGCGCUGCUUCCUGCACGGUCCGCAGUUCUUCGACUAUGCCUUCGGUGCCGGUGCCACCCCGCCCCCCGGCGCCGGCUGCUACCCCAUGCGCUGCGUCCCCUCCGCCUCCUCCUCCCGUGACUCCCGCUCCGCUGAAUCCGCUGAUGACCCCCCCACUGCUCCCGCCCUGGAUCCCUCGGCUGGCGCCAACGGCAACGGCAGUGCUGCCCUUGCCCCCAAGGCGCAGGGCGGCAGCGCGCUCUCGCUGCCCGCCCCUUCCUCCACCCCCAAGCGCCAGCUGCGGGGCAAGGGCAAGGGGAAGGGCAAAAGGGGGGGGCGGGGGAAGAGGGGGGGCGGGAUGGUGGUGGAGGUGCGUGUGGGAGCGCAGUGGUACGCGUGCCCCUCAGGGCGCAUGGUGGCACUCGAGCAGGGCGGAGGGGACUUCCACGGGGGCUCCAUCGGCCCCUGCCCUGACAACCGCCGCAUGUGCCUCACUGCCUCCUGCCCCAACGACUGCUCGGGGAAAGGUGCGCAAGGAGCGGUGUUGGCGGGGGAAGCAGAGGGGGUAUAUGCUACAACACCACGUGCCACUGCCUGCCCGGCUACGCUGCCGCUGACUGCAGCCAGGUGGCGUGUUCACCGCUCGCCCUCACACCCGCCUCCACCUGCCGCGCGCCUGCCUCCUGCGACCACGCCUCGGGUCUCUGCCUCCUGCCCUCCGGCCGCCCCUCCCCCCUCCCCCUCGCCGCCGCGCCCCCCUACACUCCCCCCCCCGCCCCCCUCCCCGCCUGCUCCACCUAUCUUCCCCCCGCCCGGCGCCCCGCCCGCCCCUGGAAGCACCGCUAACAGCAGCACCGGCAGCAACAGCAGCGGCAGCAGCAACGGCAGCAUGGGGGGCGAGGCGCCGCAGCACGGGGUGCUGGUGCGCAGCGUGGUGGUGCUGGGGGGCGCCAACAUCAGCGCCAUCCGCGAGGGCGCGCGGCUGCAGGAGUUCCAGGCACAGUUCCAAGCGCAGAUGAGCGCAGCGGCGCGCGCGACGGGGUACGAGGGGCAGGUGGAGGUGGCGAUCGACGCCAUCUAUGCGGGCAGCAUCCUCGUGCACUCCACUGUCAACUUCUUCCAAGCCACCAGCUUCAAUAUGCCCGGCGUGCUGCUGCACAACCUCAUGUGCGGUGCUGCUCCCCUCCCGCCCUCUCAGUCCCCGCAUCCACAUGGGGUUGCUCGCUGUGCUGCCCCCCUCUCUCAGCCCACGUCCCCAGCGAUGAUAUUCGCAGCAUCAUCCUACUUCCUGGCGCUGCCCUCCGGGCGCAUCUCGUCGUUCAACUGCUCCAUGGCCGCCGCGCCCGCCUCCAACAGCGCACCCCAGGGCGCCGAGGGGCCGCCCCUGGGCAUCUCGUACGGCGCGUGGGCCGCCAUGGCUACCGCCAUCCUCGUGGCUGGCGUCGCCAUCUGCACCGUGCUCAGCCGCCGCGCAUCAAGAAGGCGACGCGAGGCGCUACUCUACGCACACGGGUACGACGCAACAGGCGCGCCGUGGUACAUGGAGGGGGAGGAGUACGAGGACGACAUGGAGGCGGACCUCGACCUCGACCUCGACCCCCUUGAGGCAUAUGCGCAGGUACUCACCUCCUCCACCCCCCUCCUCUCCCGGCCCCCCCCAACCCUGUCCACGCCAUGGCAUGGCCUUCAUGAGCACUUGCCGCCAUGUGUGUUGGGUUUGCGCACCCCAUGCCAUUUCCACAUGCCCCUUCCUCCCUCGCUCAUCACCCCCUUUUCCUUUUCCCCCCACCUCCCCUUGUUCCUCCCCCACUCGCCCCACCAACAGCUGGUGGCGGAGGCACAGCAGCACCAGGGGGGCGACAUGGGGGGAAUGGGCGGCAUGGGGGGCAUGGGCGGGAUGGGGGAGGAGGGCAUGCAGGGGGGCAUGGCGCAGCUGUCAUCCCUGCCCUCAUCGCUGCAUGCAGCAGCCUUCAUGGCUGCAGCAGCAGGGGGCGGCGCAGCACCCCCUCCAGGCCCAUCCCCCCCCCUCCUGCCCGCCAGUGAGCGCCUCCCUGCGCCCUCGCGCCCACUCUUCGCCCUCCCGUCCUUCUCAUCGCGCCGCCACCCCUCCGCCUUCAAGCCCUCGCGUGCCAUCUCGGGCCCCAUCCUCUUCCACGCGCCCACCACCAACAGCACCUUUGGCAGCGGUGCUGCCAUUCCGCGCCCCCCCUCUGGCCCGCUGCUGCCCCCUUCCGCUGCCGCCAGGGAGGCCGCCAGGCUGGGGGACGGCGGUAAGGGGGAUGACGACGCGGAGGGGCAGGAUGGGUGUGAGGGGAAGGGCGCAGGGGGGGCGGUGGAGGAAGGGGAGGAGGCGUGGGCGAGGGCGGCGCUGAGGCGCCUGGUGCGGUCGGUGUCGGGGCCGCUGGCGGUCAUCUGGGCGUCCGACCCGCGACCCCUCGCGCCCGCCACGCCCCACCACCCCCACCCCUACCACCCGCACCGCCUCUCCGGCCGCCUGCGCAUGGGCGGCGCAUCCGGGCGGCUGUCUGGGCGGCUGUCCGGGCGGCUGGUGGCAGGGCGGCCAGCGGGCGGGCCGAGGCGGUCGGGGGAGCUGAGGCGAUCGGGGGAGCUGGCAGAGGGUGCGGGCGCACGGGCAGGGGGAAGGCGGUUCCCCUCAGGCGAGCUGGGCGUGGGGAUGGGCGCAGGGGGAAGGCAGAGGGGGAUGUCAGGGCCAAUCGAUGCCAUGGGGCGGCCUGCAGGGGCAGAGUUCAUGGGCGUGGGCACGGGCGUGGGCAGGCAUGCUGGGGGGCUGGGUGGGGGCACAUUGCCCCUGUCCCUCGCUGCAGGCAGCUACGCUGGCAGUUAUGGAGGGAGCUACGGGGGGAGUCAUGGGGGCAGUCACGGGGGCAGCAACGCAGGCAGCCAGCCCGGCACACAGCCACAGUCACCGUCCAACCGAGCGGGGGCAGGGCGGCGGGCAGGGGGUGAGCAGGAGGCGGAGGGCAGUGCGGCAGUGGGGUCGCUGAGUGGGAUAGAGCCGUCGCUGCUGCACCAGAUGCACCUGCACGGCAUGCAUCUCCCCCACCACCUCCCCAUCCACGCGUCCGCCUCGCAGCCCUCCAUGGCCGCCCAUGGCCAUCCCUCACCACAGCCGGGGGCACAGGGCGCAGCAGCGGCACGAGGGGAGGGCGGGGCGGCGCGCAUGGUGCGGGUGGGCUCUGCGGAUUCCGCUGCUGCUGCCGCUGCCGCCGCUGCAGGGGGGCCAGGGGGUCUAGCGCGGGCGAGCAGUGGGGGGCUGCCGGGCACGGGUGGCUCCACGCCCACGUUGAGGCGCGGCCUCUCUGUGUCUCCCUCCCACCGCGCUGCCCUCGUCGCCGCCCUCGCUGCUGCUGCAGGUCAGCCCACUGCCUCACCGUCAACGCUGGUGCUUAUCUCCCCCAGCUGCAAAGCUGCACGCCUCUCCACCCUCACCGCACCUUGCCCGCACCCACAGUACCCUGUGGAGGACAGCGGUGCCGACUACGCCCCCACGCCCUCCAUGCUGCGCUCCCGGAGCAUCCGUGUGGGUCGCUCGGGCCACCUCACUGCCUCAGGUCAGCUCAACCCUUCCGGGCAGCUCAGGGCUUCCGGGCAGCUGCGAACGUCUGGGCAGCUGCGGCGGCUGGCGUCAGGGCAGCUGCAGGUGCCGGAUCACCUGAACCUGAACAGCACCACCACUGCCUAUCCCACGGGCAACACCAAUGGUGGCACCAACGCCAGUGGCAGCGGCGCAUGGUCGUACUCUGCCAUGGGCCCGCCUGCCCAUGCUGCCCCCUCUGGCUCCACCGACACCACCGCUGCUGCAGGGGCGGGGGGAGGCGAGCAUCAUGUGCGCAUGUCCGGGCAGUUGGUGGGUGGGGGACAGGGGGCUGCCGAGGGCGGCAGUUCGGGCAUCGCAGGGUCGGGCAUAAGUUCGGGGAUAGGUUCGGGGAUUGCAGGGUCGGGCAUGCUGUCGGCAUCAGGGUCGGUGUGGGGGCAGAUGCCGCACUUUGCUCAGCUGAACCGGUCGGGGCAGCUGAGAAUACUCAAGCAGCUGGGCACUCAUGGGGCAGGCACUCCUCCCAUGGCCAUGCAUGGCCACGGGCAGGUGCAGGGGCAACACGGGCAUCAUGGGCAGGCAAGGCAAUCGUCCCCCCGUGCUGCUUCCCCACAAGCCAGCGGUCUGCCAGGCCAGUCAUACCAGCAGUCAAUGCAGUCAAGCCAGUCAAUGCAGCAGGCAAGGCGGGCGGUGUCCGGGGUUGUGCGCUUCUCCAACCCGCUGGCUGCCGCCCACCACACCGCCUCCUCCGGGCAGCUUAACGUGCCCCAGCGCGGCGCCAACCAAUGGCUGCGCAGAGCCCGCUCCAAUGUGGGGCUGUCCGGGCAGGUUGAAAUGUCGGGCAGGGUGGCGCAAUCAGCGCAGAUGGUGAGAGUGCCCAGCAACGGGGAGUACUCUGCUGCCCAGGUCACCCCAUCCGGGCAGCUGAGAAGAAAUUCCCCUUCUUUCGCAACUUCGGGGCAGCUUCGGAACCCGUCAGGCCCGUUCGCCCAGUGGGGACGGGGGGGAUCGGGGCGGCGGGAGGAGCUGGCAGAGGCAGCAGAGAUGGCGGCAGAGCAGGCUGAGAUGGCUGAUUUCUACACCCGCAUGCGCAAUAAGGCCACUUCUGGGCCCAUUUACUUUGGAUGA